AGCCAUUGCCGAUUGCUCGCAUCCUUCCUUCAUUCCGCGAGCGAGCGAGUUCGCAACUCUCGCCACGCGGGAUGGCUGCUUCGUCGCCCACACGACUUAGCUAUAACGAGGAGGGGAAUCACGUGCCAAACUUGACGGAUCCAAUUCACAUGGCCAAUCCUUUCGCUGCCGAUGCGAUUCAGUCUUUGCCGAUUGCCAAGCGGCUACAGGAGCCUUUCCUCGGAGUUCGCCAUGCAAUCCGCCCGCGUGGGUGGGGAUGGCCCCACAGUGAUUUUCAUGGCUCCGUCGCGUCGCCAGGCCCGCUCGAAUCUAAAGUUCGAAUGUGUCUUGGAUGGGGCUCUCGGCAGGGAUCCUUCUCGGAACUCCCCUCGCGAGUUGUCGGAGAUCCCGGUUGUUGGUGGUUGACUUGGAGGAUGUGAAUAUUCUUUGGUGGGUUUGUCUGAUUCUUGCGUGCAACUGCGGAGACCUGUUCGCGUUUUAGAGUGGUACAUGGUGGUGGUGGUGUGUGUUCAACGCUGGUUUGGCUCGUCUUACCCCUUGGUUGCGCUUGCCAGAGAUGGGGACUGCAUUGCGUGGACCGAUGCUGGAAGUCUCAUAGUAAGGUGGGAAGUCGUUCUCGGUGUCGGUGUCGGUGUCGCGUGCGCUUUAGCCUGUGUCGUGCGGAUUUUGACCACUGAGCUCAUUCAAUAUCAUCUCCCCCCUGCUGAAACGGGAGUUUAGAAUUGGUGUUGUUGGAUGAGAGGCGUAGUGUUGUGUUCGGAACAUUUAGGGUUUGAGAGUGGGAUUUGUACCCAGAGGAGCGUAGUGGACGUGGAAUGAUGUGUUGCCUGCUUAAUGUCCCAUCCGAUCAAUGCUAAUGCACUUGUUCCCUGCAUUUUGGUGUUUCUCAUAGGAGAUAAGGGCAGAGUAUCGUACAGAUGGAGGAUUUAGUGGAUGCUUCCACGACGUUGGUUUCAUUGCCAAUCCCGAGUGCAUCAAAUUGUUGUAGUGCAUUUGGUUGCUUGUCCUAUUUCUUUGCGGGAGUCUUGGUGCUAGCACUUGUAGAGUUUGUAUGUGUAUUUUAUUUUAGCUUAUUAUUGUCGGCGAAACCGGCGCAAAAUCCGAACCCUGCCUCCUCUUUGAAAUGUGCAAGUGAAGGUGGCGUCAGCACUUUCAGCCUUCAGGGAAAUUUGUGGGUUGCACCUCUACCAGAAGGAGAUUGGAACAAGGUUUCGUUGCAGAAGCCAGGCAAAGACAAGGAGAUAGAAACUGAGAAAGAUGAGCCCAAAGAGAGUUUGAAGCGGGGGGUUGCCACUAAAGGCGUACUGAAGAUCGCUCCAGUGCAGAGGCAUGCCGUCUUGAAACAAGGGGUUUUACUGUUGAAGGGAGCCGAUGGUAGAGAGGAGCAAAUUGCGCUUGAAGGCUGCGAAGUUUUGUCCAUCUCAGCUGAUUCAACUCCUGGUGGGAAAUGGGCGAAAACGUUUCCCAUCAAGUUGCACCAUCCUACUCGCACAUUGUAUGGCGAAUGCAAGGGCUGUGUAUUCUACGCAGAAUCUGGCUUUGAGAAAGAAACCUGGUGCGAAGUUCUUCGAGCAAAUGCAAAACAUCCUAUGUGGUUAAUCCACCUUAAGAAAGAAUUUAGGGAAUACACUGAUAGAGCUGAAAAGCGUGUGCCUUAUCUAAACAGAUUCCACUCAGGAAGAGAUUCAGACCGUCUGCUUGUCACGCGUAAGGAAGAGAAACUAAAUGACUUCAAAAACUCAGAAGAUAGUCCGUCAAAGAAACGAUUGAUUUUGAAAAGAAUUUUGCGGUGUGGUACAAAGUCGAAAGAGAAAAUCUCAAAUGAUAUAGAGGAACUUGAAAAUUCCACCAGAAGAAACAACCAACUUUCACGAGAGCCAGAAGAAGGAAGUAGCCGGAGUGUGAAGGAAAAUGUUAUCUCCGGUGACCACGAUGAUAGCAAAAGUGCAUCAUGUGCAAGCAUUGAGAGCAUUACACGAAGUGAAUCUACAUCCAGCGAAAGUGAUGCGGAGAGGUCUGUCUUAGGAGUAACCCAGAACGACAAGAAAAAAGUCAAGGAGGUGCUUGCAGCUACCCUGAUGCAUGGCAAUGACAACGGAAUGGUUAUGAAGGAAAUUGAUCAAGGACAACUCUGUUUAAAUAUGAUCGUGGCUAGACUCUUUUUUGACUUUUACCAUAGCAACACACGAGAGGAAUGGACACAACACCAAUUUAAGGAGUUGAUAUCUGGGAUGGAAACUCCCAGCUAUAUCAAAUCGAUUACUGGCAAAGAGUUUGAUCUUGGAAAAGAACCUCCUUUCGCAACCGCAUUCCGCAUGCUGCCCGCGGAUGCGCGUGGGACUUUGACUAUGGAAGUUGACCUGGAAUGGCAUGGUGGAUGUUUCAUCACAAUUGAGACACGAGUAGAUGCGCGAGCCCAAAAGGCCCGGGAGAAAAUGGCUUCGCACCCGGCGGAAUCAGGGUCAACAGGGGAUGCUGCUGUGGCCCUUGAAUCAAGCAUAGGGGAGGUUCUUGGGACUACAGAGUUAUCAGAGGUUUCUUCAACAUUGAUGGAUGCAAGGCAAAUUUCCGCCUCUAAAACAACUGGCACAGGUGAUGACAGCAGUAAAAGGGGAGGUUGGAUGCACUCGGUGAAGGCCAUGAUUUCUCACGUUGCUGAUCAAGUUUCUCAGGUGGCUUUUUUAUUGAAAAUCAGGUUGGUUUCAGUGAAGGGAACUUGUAUUAUCAGCUUGAAAGCACCACCUUCUGACCGCUUAUGGUUUUCUUUCAAGGAGAUGCCUGAUAUUGAUCUGGUACCGGAACAAGGUAUUAAUGAACGCCAAUUUAAGAAUGGGUGUCUUGGGAAUUUUAUUGCCAAUCAAAUAAAGGUACAAAUUCGGGAGAAAAUUGUCAUGCCGCACUAUCAAGAACUAUUUCUUAAUUGGAUGAUGGGUGAUAAAGAUGAUUGGCUUCCGCGUAGCGCCUUUCCUGUUGCGUUCUCUGCUGUGCAACACUCUGACAAUGAACGCCAAAACUCAAAAAACGAUAAUGAUAUGCAAUCUAGCCCUGUUGAAGAGAAGAAUAAAAGUGGCCAAACGCAUUCUCGCUCUCUGAACGCCGACAAUAACAGACAGGAUAAGCCUGAAAUUCGUCAGGUUUUUCAGCAAUCUGGAUUGCCUUGUAUUGGAUCCCCAUACGGACCGCCUAUUACACUGGCCCAGCCCCCUACUAAUCCUCAGUCCUUUAAUAAUUCUCAAACCUCUGGAAUGAGUCGGGGCCAAUCACGAAAGUCUGCCAUCUCAGAACAGUCCAGCUCAGAGCAUUCCUUACCUGUGCAGCCACCAGGAGCAUCCGAGCCUUCAUCAGCAACUUUGUCAACAAUAAAAGGAAAAGAGUCCGACUCAAAGAAACCUUCAUUUGAUACCGAUGACCGCAGUAGAGGUAACUCUUUGGAGCUGAAUCGUGAAUUUUUCGCUGAUGUAUCUGAGAGAGCUGUAGGUGCUGCAUACAAUGAUUACUUGCAACAGUCAGAGGGCUCUGCUUUAAAGAGCGAGUCACAUCAUCUGCCCAAUCAGGUAGCCAACCAGGAACACAGUGAGGUAGAGCCGUCGAAAGGUUCGGAUUCGAGAGUAUCACGACGCGCCAAAAUGCUCAAUUUUGGUAAGAAGGUCGGGAGCAAGGUUGAUGAACGGCGCCGCAUCGUUGUGGAGAAAUUGCGGGAGAAGAUAGCUGAAGGUAGUGAAGAUGGAUCUCCUCGCCACCCAGGCAGCGGUCGUAAGUGAGACCUGGUACUUCUUCUUUUCUCUAAGCUUCGAGGCGUCACAACCAGACUGAUGAAGACCCUUGGACUCCCCUCUUCCCAGUAAACACUACAAAAUUCCACUCAUAAAGUUGAAAAACAUUUUUUAUUUUAUUUUUAAAAAAAGAUAGAAAAAUUAAAGCACGUCAAUUGGAAUACCUCGUCUGACAAGAGGUUGCAAUCAGCCACCACACGAUCCAUAACAUCUAAAGCUACCUGCAAGGUAUGAAAGUGGUACAUGUAAAUGUACAUCAAAAGUUGUUGGGUGUUACUACGUUAGUUGAGACGGUGCUGCUUGUAUUUUAGUUACAAACAGGAACUAUGGUAUGAGUGAAAUUUUAGUCAAGUCCCAGUUGUGUGAAGCUGCAGCAGAGUGAAAGAAAAGAGCCAUGGCAUUCAAUACGAUGAAUAAAUAAUAUUGAGCCACCUAUUCAUUCAAGUCA